GAAUUACGAUGGCACAGAGUUUUAUUGAAAAUAGGCUUGUUCGACGAUAUUCGAAAAUAAGGCCGUAAACAUCAGGCUGAAUCUACUUGUUGACGUUUGACAACAAACAUGGAAGGCGUGUUAUGGAAGUGGACAAAUUAUUUGUCAGGUUGGCAGCCUAGGUGGUUUGUUCUUGAAUCUGGUGUGCUGUCAUAUUAUAAGUCACAGGAAGAUGUUAACAAUGGAUGCAAAGGCUCAAUCAAGAUGAGUGCAUGUGACAUCAAAGUGCAUCCAACAGACAAUACGCGUUUGGAUCUCAUCAUUCCUGGAGAACAGCACUACUAUGUCAAGGCUGCACAGCCACAAGAACGGCAAUCCUGGCUUAUAGCUCUAGGAUCCGCCAAAGCCACAUAUGGGCAACCUCCUAAUCAGGAACCUUCUGGAGGAGGGGAUUCUGCAGGGGAUACUGUGCGUGCCAAGAAAUCAGAGCUGCGACUAUACUGUGACUUACUGAUGCAGCAGGUACACUCUGUGAAACAAAGCAUCACACAAAAGGACAGUGAAAAAGUAUGGGUGCCAGAUUUUGAGAAGCUGAACGAGGCUACAUCACUCCUGAGUGCAACAUGUGAUACAUUUAUUCAGACUUUGGAUGAGGUUAUGAAGAUUGUACAUGACGUGACACAUGUCACUGAGAUUGUUCAUCCUUCUUCACCUAAGAGGCUGUCUUCUGCUAGUUCAAGAUUAGCAGUUUCCCGGUCCGAUUCCCAGGAAAUAUCAGUCAGAAGUAGACUGCCCUCUACCAGCUCUCUUGAGGGACCCAGCCUGAUUCGAAGUCGAAGGAAGUCUUCAGCUGAAGGUGACAGUGUACAUUCUGAUUCUGCCGUGUCCGAACCUUCAUCAACACUGAUUUCUUCAAGCCAUGUUGGAUCUUGCAAAGACUCACCUCGAAUCAAUCACACAGCAGCUGAAAGAGAAAGGGGCUUUGAGGCUGGGGUUAAGAUUAAUCCUGGACCGUCUGUCGGAAAUUGUAGUCAUGGGAUUGAGAAUGGGACAGAAGGCAGUGGGAGACCAGCAGUUGAUGCCAAGAGUGACGAUGGGGAAGGUUCUGAUGAUUUUAAGGAUGCUAUAGAUGUAAGGACUCCUACUUUUUUCUCUGCAAUGUCAACAAGCUUUGCUAAUGUCAGACUGUUGGAUGACAAUGGUGUUCCAGUGCAGCCUUUUUUGGAUGCCUGCAAGGAACUAGUGCCGAUAUUUGAUAAACUGAAUAGUACUGCUUUUGCUCCUGUCAAAAUGGAUUUCUCUGGCAAUAUUCGCAAGAUCCAGCAAAAGCAUUUGAGUAGUGCAGGCUCAGCUGCAGGUUUUCUAUCACUGCAGUCAAUGGUGCUAAGUGAAGUCAGGUUACGACAGCACACCAACUCAAACUCAGCAACUGUUGCUCUCUGCUGGUUGAAAAGAGGAUUGGAGUUCAUACGUGAAUUUCUUCGUGAAAUCUGCUCAGGAGGACCAGAUUUGUCAGAAUGCGCUUCUAAUGCCUAUGGCCGAACUCUAAAGAAAUAUCAUGGUUGGGUCGUCAGGGGGGUGUUUGCCGUUGCCGUGAAAGCAUUGCCAUACCGUGAUGAGUUCCUGUGCCACUUGGCUGCGGAAGAAAUCGAUACAGUUGAUGAGAGCUUCCUGUCGUCACUGAUGAAUGACAUGGAAGUUUAUCUGCAGCACAUGAAUAACAUCAUUCUUGUCAUCAGCCAGUUUUACACAGCCCACAAUCUAGAUGUUGAAGAGCAAGUCUAGGACCAGACACAUCCCUCAAGCUUUAUACAAGCUCAAGAAAUGCCUUGACUGCAUUCCUGCUCAGCCAUACUUGUAUUCACAUUUGUAGUCAUUAAAAUAUUUGCUCUGUUUUGUGGAUCAGGUAACUGUGGGUUCUUGUUGAGUACAGGUGUGAAUUAACAUGUUAAUCUCUUUACAGAGUAUUUAUUCUUAGAAAGUUAUUGUAAGCUGUCUAUAUAAAGACAGUUGUUGUUUGCAAUAUCUGCUUCUUUCUAGUUGAGAAGUAGUAUUGUCAGUUGUCAAAAAUGCCUAAAGCUGAUUCCCAUUCCUCUCUUUUUGUAAGAAAAUAUUAAUUAUUUAAGCAAUCUUUUGCUCAUUUUGUGAUUCAAGCAUAACACAUUCAGUGAUAAAUGCCUCAAGCAAUGUUUAUUUUGGUGUAUGCCUUGUAAUAAAUGAUGUUAAUACAUGUUUGAGUGAUCUCUGUUUGAAUGAUCAUCAUCGGGGAAUACUGGACAGCAGCACAUGAGGAAAGAAAAUGAAAAGUGGGGAAUAAUACCUGGCAAGAAGUAAAUGGAGGAAACUUCACUUUACACUACCUUGAGAAAGCAAAAGGUGGAUCUUUUUGUAACCUUAAUAUUAAGCUAAUUCAAGAUUCAAGAAUUACAAACUGAUGUGGUGACUGAACAAGGGAAAAAAUUAUCCUUUUCUACAGUCAGCUCUGCCUAGAUAUGUUUAUUAACUACUGAAUUAAAAAUAGUACAAUAGUUCUCAGUGCAAGCAUAACCAGAGAUGUGAGUGAAUUGUCAUUAGAAAACAUGCACUAAGUGUUUGCGUUUGUACACAAACACAUGGCAUAGAGAACAUGAUUUUGACUACACAGAAAAUUGGCAGAGACAGCAAUUUGUUUUAUGUAUGUGGUGACUUUUAUUAGUAAUUUAUUUGGUAGUAAAAUUAUUUGACAUGGCAUUCCAUGUAAGUAUAUUUUUUGUUAUGCCUAGUUAGUUUAUUCCUUUUUACCCCUCGAGGAGCAUAGGGCUGUAACAACGCCUCGCCAGUGGAACCGGUUUUGGGAAGCCUGUUUAUGGCUAUGCCUACUUAAACACUAAAGUUUCUGUUAUUCUAAAACAUUAAAGAAAAUUAAUAAUUGAAGUUAAAGGUUCAUGCGACAGAAUGAAAGUUUAGCAUAGUAAUCCAGGGCCAGUACAACAACCCUUAAAGACUCGUUAAAUAUUUGCAAAAAAGAAUGUUCAUAGAAAUAUAUGUUUAAAUACAGCUAGAAACCUGUUUCCUGUUUCUUUCCUUCUUUCUAAAUUUAAACUAAUUUUUUUUAUUGCAUUAUAAAUUCUAUUUGAUUAAAACAAAUUUUAUUUUGGGCAUAAGCGUGAUGCCAUUGAUGAAUGACAUGCUGUGUAUUUAUUGGUCUGAAAUUGUUAAAAGACAGGUAUCAAACUUUUUUUUAAGAGUAUUUAUUGGAAGUUCCAAUUUAGCUUUUUUACCACAUAAAUUAUUCUUUAUAUCAUAGUCAUUUCCAAUACCAUUUGCUCUUGUGCUUUGAUGAAAGCAUUUCCGAAGACCAGAUAUGGCUGCCCAUUAGAAGGGCAUUUUUUUGGUGUUGUUUGCUGCUGAUGUUAACAAUUUUAUUGAAAGUCUGCACUGAUACAUUUCAUCAUUCCUGUUGUGAUCUUUAUUAUAGAGAAAAUUCUCAGUGGUGCUAUUCAUUCAUGUUGCAAACAAUUGAUGUUCCAUUGAUAAAGAUCAUUGUCUGCGCCUGAGCACUUCAUUUGACAUCAUUUCUGGUGGCUUCAAGGCAGAUGGGGUGGGGUGUCUAUUCAUAUGCACUAGUCUGAAUCCAUUUAGAUAUUUCUAUGUGUUUUAGGAGGAACUGCAGGUUAGAAGGUGAACAGUAUGUAUAGCUGUGGUGGGAAAGAAGUGAAUAGUAUAUGCAUAUGUAAAUUUGCCUAGUGUCAUUCAUUAAACAAAAGAUGCUUGUCUCAGUUUUCAUAGAGGGAAUUUUAUUGUAUGUGUUGGCAGAGGUAAGGGAAAGGAAAUUGAGGUAUUUGUGUAAAACAAGAAAUUUUCCAAACUUUAGAAAACAACUUUUAGACUUUAUUAUAAUCAGUUUGAAUGCCAAAUUAUGCAAAGAAAGAAUAUCAAGUCUAAGACGAGAUCAGGACAGCCAGUCCUCACUGUAUUGGUGACAGGCAUUAAGUGUUGUGCCAACGGACCGCCAUAUUACUCUAUUAUUAUUAUUUUUAUUUUUUGCAUUUCAUAUUCUCAUACAGGCUCAGCUGUAUUUUUGGUAUCCAGAGCUAUCCAAAUAUGGAACUAUAAUGAAAGGUUUUGACUUUAUGUACUGUACCACUGGUUGACAGUGUCAUUUCAUAUAUAUAUAUCAUGAAUAUUUCAUGGCAGUAUAGUUGUCACAGUAAGAAUUGCUUUGGGAACCAACAUUGUAGUCUAUGUCUAGUGUAACUAGCAUUGUGUUAUUUGGUUUUCUUUUUUUCAAGAAAAGCAUCCUGGUGAAGUCAUUGUCAAAUUUAUGAAGUCAGAGUUAAUGUGGCAUAGUACUAUGGUUGUUCCAUGUGUCAGAAAUGGAAAAGAACAGUAUUUGUUUCAUUUCUGGACUGUGAUGUACUUAAACAGUUAAUACUCAGUGUAUCUCUUUAAUUCCUUUUUGCUCCUUUUUAAAAAAUAUCUAAUGUCUUAUUUCUUUUUGUAAUGCAGCACCAAUUAACUGCCAGGUAGUUUUUUGAAGAAAUGAGUGCAUUCAUGUAUUUUUUGUAUUUAAGUCUUGAGUGCAUAGGCGUUUGUGCUGAUUAAUAGACUAUUUGGCUUGCUAUAAGUCUGUGUGAAGUAAUUAUUCACAGCUUAGUUAGCCUAGCAGAAUAUUUUGAUUUGUUUCACAGAAGGAAGGGGUUGAUUCCAGUCAGUAAAUGUUGGUACAGAAACCAUUGACUACCCACAUAAUUAUUUAGGAUAUUUUUACAUCAGUUGUCAGAUGAGAACUUUUUUCCAGCACAAACUAGUCAGACAUCUACUUUUGUACCUCCACCAAUGCUCAGCAUAAAGAUGUUUUUUUACAUUGGACAGGUUUUGUGUCUGUUUCCAUUUCACUCCAUGUAUCGCUUCCUUUUUUUCUUGUAACUCACUGCCACUUUCUCACUCUUGCGGUCUGUUUUAUAUCAAUCUAUUACAUUGCUUUUUAGGUCAGUAAUUUGAGUGAUGUGCUACCUGUUGUAGCAAUUUAGCAAUUUUAGCCGACAAUUUAACGAGACAAGCUCUGGGCUGGAACCCACAGGGGAGGCGUAAAGUUGGGAGACCCAGACAGACGUGGAGGAGAUCAGUCCACAGAGAGGCAGAGACUGAUGGCAUGACAUGGUUUCCAACUGGAAAGGGAUGCCCAGGACCGGGUCCGAUGGCGGAGUGUGGUUGCGGCCCUAUGCUCCACUGGGGGCGUAUAGAGAAGAAGAGCUACCUUACCUGUUGUAUAUCAUUAUCAGUCACAAGACAGAUGACCGACGACAGUGUCCUUCAUUAGUCCAGCACAUUUACCAGCCACAUGACAGAUGACCAAAGACACUGCCCUUUAAUAGUCCAGCACAUUUGGAGUAGGUCUUUUAUCUAGCACACCAGAAUGUAAAUUACCCCAUUCCUCGAAGUCCCGACGUUAAAGGACUAGUGGGGUACAACUGUAUUUUAGUAACUGGAUAAAGCUCAGUGCACAAUACUUUUCCCUAAAUCUGGGUGAAUGUCCCCACUCUGUUGAGAUACACGCUUACAAACAUGUUAACGUCAUAGACAUUUGGAAUGAUUGUGGAUACGUUUAGGUUGUUGAGGCCUCAGCCAGUGGGAGAGUAUAAUUACGCUUAUUUGUGUACAACUGGGACAUCGCGGGUUUCACGUGCUUUCGUGCUCAGUGAUAUUUGUGGUCAUGGGAGGAAUUCACCCAGAUUUGAGGAAGUUGUAUUUUUGAGUUUUAACCAAGUUAUUAAAAAAACUUUAGCA